UUGCUGGGGUCUCCAUUGCUGGUGAACCAAGGGCUUUGCAGAGAGGUGUGGAGGGGGCGGGGAAGGGGCCCGGAGGGGAGGGGCGAGGGAGCGCUGUCACAGAGUGUCACGCUGCCCCUCCCGCCCUCCGCCCGGAGUGGGGGCGUGGAGCGCGGGAGGGCGGGCUUCUCCGCCAGCCUCGCAGCACCCGGAGCGCACUGGCCUCCUGAGAAGGGCGCAUAGCGCGCUGCCAGGAGCCCGCAGCCGGCCGCCGUCUGCCCUGGUGCCCCGGGCGGCUGCAGGGUUCCUGGAGAGCGCGUCCAGCCAUGGAGCCUUUGCACAAAGACGCCGAGACCGCGGCGGCGGCGGCGGCUGUGGCAGCGGCAGAUCCCCGGGGGGCAUCGUCGUCCAGCGGGGUGGUCGUGCAGGUUCGCGAGAAGAAGGGGCCCCUGCGCGCCGCCAUCCCCUACAUGCCCUUCCCGGUGGCUGUCAUCUGUCUCUUCCUCAACACUUUCGUGCCGGGAUUGGGUACAUUCGUCUCGGCAUUCACUGUGCUGUGUGGGGCACGCACCGACCUCCCGGACAGGCACGUGUGCUGCGUCUUCUGGCUGAAUAUCGCUGCGGCCCUCAUUCAGGUGCUCACGGCCAUCGUUAUGGUGGGCUGGAUCAUGAGCAUCUUCUGGGGCAUGGACAUGGUCAUCCUUGCCAGGUACAAGGAUCAGGGUAUCCCACAACAGCUGUGAGCCUACAGGACCUGCGGGGGAAGUCCAGGGUCCUGUGAGGGCCACGCCAGGUGGCUCUAGGCACAAGGACCUUCAUAUAUUCUCUUCUGCCAUUUCUCAGAUUGGGGUAGAAAGGGAGUACUUACAAAAUACUAUUUAUUUUGGGAAGCACACCUGCUUUUCUUAGCAGGCUCCAAGGCUAACUUCUCUCCCUGCUCCAGAGCGCACAGGAGGAACAGGCCCAGAACAUCAGACUGGGCUAGAGGCAGGAUAGUGCCAGUGCCAGGGAUACUGGGCAUGCUUAUCCAACUACACACUGAAUAGGCACCAAGACCUGUCAGGCUGGGCUGCUGUAGGUCACAUGCAGGUGAUCAGUCACUCUCCUAGGCGUCAGGACUUCACGGAACACUUCCUCUGGGUCCUCACGCCCUGCUUGACCACAUGGUUCCCUGUAUUUGCUCGGUGGUCUCCCAGGGGCAGUGUCAGGGUGGGGUUGCCAGUGUGGAAAGGCCAGGUGAUAGCCUAGUGUGUAAAAAAUUCUUAGGUUCCCCCAGGAGUCUGAUAACACCCCAGUGUUCGAGUUGUUGGGUGUGACUUUGUGAUUUGACUGGGGGUAGUGGGGAGGUGGCACCCACUCUACUUCUGGAAUGCUACUGUUAGUAUCUGAAUGUUUAUAUGCAAAAUGACCAGACCAAGCUAUGAAUGGCUGCAGACCAGCAGCCCUCUUGGAUAUAUUUACUAUGGUCUCUCGUCCCCUCUCCUUUUUUUCCCCCUGACAUGCAUGUGUUUCUGAAUCCAGAUGGUUUGUUUUGAGGAAGAUGAUGGAAUCCGUUUGUUACUGUUUCUUGACAUCCCAGUGGAGUCUGGGCUUCCCACCCAUUGCCAAACACGUGGAUAUCACUCGAGAAUCCUGUGAAUAGUCAGAUGCACUGGGACUCAUGAAAUGUAAAUAGCCUUGCCCAAGCAAGUCCUGGGGGACGUUGGAGACUGGACUGCAUUUGAACCGUGAGACCUGCAGAGUGACAUCAUCAGGUUGGGGACUUUGACCUGAAGUUCAUGUGUGCUGCAAGAAGACGCAUCGUGAGGCUGAAGUUGUUGGCGGGGCAUGUGCCCCUUUAAGCAGCAAACCUGGGACUGAUCAGUACAGAGCCAGAUCCUUACUAGGCAGAGCAAACAUCAGGAAGUGGGAAGGUACCGAUAUGAAAUUAAGAGAAAGGCCGACUCAAACUGAUGGCGUCCGGGUGGCUACUUACAUCUCUCUCCAUCUUAUUCUAACAUAGGAAGAACUAACAUGUGGGACAGACCCAGGGCUCAGUUCCCGGUCAUGCUGGCCUUGAGCCAUCAGUGGGUCCCUCAUCAUCUGCCUGAAACUCUGUCACAGUGUGGCCAGGGCUAAAGAAAGGAGCCGUCCACUUUCUGCCUUGGUGGAUGGAGGCUCUUGAAAAGCAGCUCCUGUUUCUCUGGGGUUCCAAGACCCCACCCCACCCCACCCCACCCCACCCCACCCCACCAGCCUUCUUAAUUGCAAUCUUUAGAAGUCCGACAUCAUGAAGAGAUGGAGUCCCAUGAUGUACUCAUUUCUGGCCCUGACUCUGGGCUGGCUCGCCUGCCCUACCCUGUGUCUAUCCAUCAGUUUCUUCCAAGGCUGUGUGGGAACGAGUUGUACCUUUGGAACACCUGCCAAGGGGUCUAGUUCUUCCUGUGUUUCUUUCUGUUGCUCUGUUUGUUCUCAGCCCCUGUCUUGGGGUACGGGGCCAGGCUUGGUUCUCUCCACAGCAGAUCACUGCUCCCAAGGAGGCUACCUCUGGUAGCAAAGCUGUACCAGAAAGGGGACUGAUGGGUCAGUGUGCCCUCCCACGAUGUCCGCCCACAGCCCUUCAUCCCACAGAGCUAGUGAUGACAGGCCUGGCAAGAGCGGCCCCCACAGCGAGGGAGAAGUCUAUUUCCCUGGCUUCUGCUGGGGGUGGCUACCGGGGGAGUUGGAAGGAGAUGGUAAUUUGUAUUGCUUGUUUAGUGACAUGAACCAGACUCGAGUGGGACUUUCCUGAGUGACAAGUGUCACCAUGAGUUCUAGUGUGGGAUGGCUUAAUACAGGGGCUUGUGAGCUUGGGAAGCUGUUUCCUCCCUAGCACCCCCUCAUUCCAGGUGGAUGGUGUGGGUAGACUUUAGGAGCCCCCAGAACAGUGAGUCUGAGGGGUGCUACUAGCUCCAAGCAUCAGCCCCCUGGGCCAGGCCUGAUUAGCAUAACCAUUCUCAGCCGAUAGACAGUGGCUAAUUCACUCCUCACAGUCCAAGCAGGCCAUUGGUUCUAGGUGACCAGAGUUCAUUUACUGAACACCAGCUAUCUAGAAAGCAGGGCUUUGGACCCAGAAAGCGCUUAGUGGCACCAGGGCUCCUUAGUGACAAAGCUGCCUGGGUGGCAUAGCUCAGGGCUGCUGUCCCAACCUUGGGAAAUAACUCAGAAGACCAUGCCCUGGCUAUGAGUGCCAGGGGCAGACAUCACAGGCACACAGAGAAAAUCCACAGAGACUGUGGCACUGCCAGGAUCUAAUGUGGCAUUGUUAUCAGAGUGGCCAUUCCUUCUACCAAACCAGGACCCUGGAGCAAGAGAGAGGACCAGGUAGCCUACUGUCGUAGCUCCAUUUCUGUUGCUGUGGUAAAAUACCCUGACCAAAAAGCAACAUGCACCAGGAAAGAGGAAAGUUGGUUUGUUUGGUUUAUAAUCUAGCCUAUGUACAGUCCAUCGUAGGGAGGAGUCAUGAUGGCAGGAACUAGAAGUGCCUAAGUCACUACAUCCACAGUCAACAGCAGAGAAACAAAUGCAUCCAUGCUGUCCAUGCUCCCCCACCCCCAACCAGUUUCAUGUACUCUUAAAAAGUCCAAGAUCCAGCCCACGAAAUUCAGGGUGGAUCGUCUCACUUCCAUUAAACAAAUAAGAUAAUCCUCCACAGGCCAAUCUAAUCUAAAAUAAUUCCUCUUUAAGACUUCCCUGGUGAUUCUAGGUUUUGUUACGUUAAAACUAUUCAACACUGUGUAGUGUAUUUUAGGGACCAUUGAGGACCCCAGACUGCGGCCAGGAAGCCACUAUGAGAUGACCCACCCCCCACCCUCAGACUGCCAAAUCUUGCCUGGGUCAAGUCUCUGGCUGCCCUGGAGAGAAGCAAAGGAAGUGAUGAGGGCACGGUCUACUCCCUGCCUCCGUGGCCCUGACCUGUGUCUAGCCCCAGCGACCCGCCCCCAAAGGGGGCGUGGCCCAGGUGCCGCUCAGCUCAGUUCAUCUGCUGUUCUGUGAGCAACCUGUGGGGAGUUUUUGUUAAGCUUUCACAAGGAGACCAGAGGCUUCUCCCUGAGACACAUACCUCUCAGAAGUCACAGGGAGGGAUGAUGAACGUCCUCCGAAGGAUGAGAGCAGUAUUUCUCCAUGGCCCUCCUGAAUCCUUGAGCUCACCCGCCCCCCUGGCUUCUGCAGGUCCCGAAUGGAAGAUGGAAGCAGAUGGCAGCUCAAGACAGAGUCGGUGCCCGGAGCUGCCUGGCUCAUGGGAUCUAGGUCCUACACUCCCUCACAGGACCGAGGCUGCAAAUCGUGGGGUGUAGGAUGCUGGGGGCUGAGGAGCAGCGGGGAGAACUCAGCUAUAGGAGACAUAGGAAGCCAAUUAGCUACAUGGUUAGCACGUCCCCUAGACGGAAAAGGAUUAAGAUGUGCAAAAGAAAAGCCAUCCACACAUCGGGUCUAAGGCCAGCAUAGAGUGGGCUGAAACCCCAAGACCAGAAAAAUCCCCCCAAAGGCCCAAGGGUCCUGAAGCAAGAAAGAGAUUGAAUGAGUGUUCCUUUGACCUUAAGAUUAAAAAUGCAAGGCCUUAGUGAUGGUAAAUGACCUGCAUGAAGAAAGCUGGGACUGUCUGUUCUGUGGUUGGAGAGGGCUUGGACUUAGAGAACCAGCUGGCCACUGCAUCUCCUACUCCCAGGCAGAAGCGCGUCGGAUUGCAGAGCAAGGUUUCCCUCUAGUGGAAGCAGGGAGCCAGGAUACCAUCUGCCAGCCCUGGGAUGAGGUUCACUCCCUGUGCUGUGAGGGAGGCUCUGCAGUUAGCAAGCGUUCUUUCAGUGCUAAAGUGCUCAGGUCCUGAGCUCAGAUCAAAGAUGCCCUGUAGGUCACAUCCCUACAGUAUCCAGCCUCCACCAGUGACAGCAAGCUCGGGAAGACCUUUUCUUCACCUACCAGGAGCUCUGUCUCCUGCUAGAGAGUUCUGUGCCCAGGUAGUAGAGGAUGUGGAGGUCAUCUUGGACAGUGGUAUUGUGAAGAGGUCAUCUAAGUGGUGAGCAAGGGACUUAGAGUCUUCUUCAUCUUUCUUCCUGUUAGUUUCUGAGAGCUGAAUGCUCACAGAGGCAGUGUAUACUUCCACUCAGAGUAUGACCCAGCCUCAAUCCCACGAUGCACCAGGACACAAUGAAUCCCAACCAGAGUGGUCCUGUGCAUCCCAUCAGAGUGACUACAGUCUUGUUACAGCAAUGCCCUUCCAUUUAACUAUCUACAGUAUAGAAAUCAGGCCAGUCCGUCAUUUCCCCCAACCUUGCCAAAGCCAAGAGUCUAGAGAGUCCAAGCCCAGUCAAGCACAGCCCCACUGGGAGAGCCCAGACUCUUCCUGGCAAAAACAAACACUAGUUCGGUAUGCCACAACCCCCCAAGGGAGACUAAAGAAAUGACUCCACUAAAGUUAAGUCUGGGACCCAGUGAGUCUAUGGAGCAUUGGUGACUCUUGGUAAGCUAUGUCACUGAGAAGCCCCCACCCCAGUGUGGGGACAACUCAAAGCCACAAAACUGCUGUCCUCACCCUGGCCAGUCACCCCUCCUCAACUCCGUCCACUGUGCACACCGGUUGCCCUCUCCUGGGGUCUGUGGGAUCAGAAUUCCCACUGCAUCCCCCUAUCCAGAGCUACUGCAGCCCCCCGGCUCCGGAUUGGUCUGCUGGUGUGGGGGAGGGGCAGAGACCUCUUCCUGACGCUUUUCUGCGACUCUGGCAGGAUUUUUAUUUCUGAACGAGUACACUGCCUGCCCCAGCCCAGGAGCCAGCAAGGAGUAGAGGAGGGGGCAAGUUUUAAGCAGAGACAAAUGACGUUGGGGCUUGUGAGAAUCCCGCGAUUUCCUGUGGAGUAGUCGCGGGCUCUUCCCGGGCUGGCUCCCUUGCACCCGGGAGCUCUUUUGUUUUGGAAGAUGCUGGCAGCAUCACUGUAUUAAGAGCAGGCCGCGUUGUGUUGUGGAUUACUGUUUUGGUGUUGCCGUUGGCUUUUGUCUGUUAAAUUAACUGCUGUACAUUUUCUUGUUCUCUGACGACAUCGGGGGCUUACUUUUCUCACUCCUUCUCACAGGGACCCCAUAUGCCCAAGUCCAAGCACAGGUGGGGGGUGGAGGGCGGGUGGGGGGUGGAGGGCGGGCGGGUGGGGGCCCGGGGGUACGGAGGCAUUGCCAGCCCAUUCUAAAGAUUACAAGUGUUCUUGGAGACUGCUCGGACUAUCUCAGCCCUUGGAAAGAUUCUAGACUUUCCUGGCUUAAACUGAAGCAUGGGGCCCAGGUUUGACUUUUGCUUAAUUUUCUCAGUGUCCCCAGGCUUGAGUCCCCACCCUUGUUUUGGGGUCCACAGAGCCCCGCAGGGGUAGUGCAGGGCUCCCGCUUCUCCUCCAGCCUUCUGCCAGCUUUGAAGACCUUCCUUCCAGCAAUGCUACUGUACACGUGGUGAGGAACGCCACCCGCAACAAAGCUCGUGUACAUAUCUCCGUGUACAUACGGAGUGUACAUACAUACAUACAUAAUACAGUGUACAUACAUAUAGUGCCCCGUGUUAUAAAGAUAACAGAGCAUGGCAUUUCUUUGGCAUUCCAAUUUUUUUUAACCCUUGGAAAUAUGGUUUUGGCAAUCUUUUAUUCUUCUUUUUCCUCUUUUCUAUUUAAUAAACAUCCAUGUGACCUUCCUGGUA